AUGCCUCCGUGCGAGCACUCUGCAGGACGCAAAGCUGGACACGGACCCGCGGCAACUCCUGCCCAAGGUCGCGGCGCCCCUCCCGCGGCCCCACACCCGCUAAGGGGCCCACGGCCCCCGGGCUCCUGCGCGCUCGCGGGCCGGAGACUCCCGGGCGCCUCGAAGGACCCGCCUCACAGGCCGCUCUGGGCGAGGGGCGCGCGUUCCAACCACGUCAAGACCCGGCCGGGCUCGGGAUGGCAGGCCGGCACUCACCUGUCACGCCGCCGCCGAGCCCGCCACCACGCAGUGCCAGCCGGGCCGUGCGCUGCCGCCGGUGGGUUCCCAGCCACGCGGCGCCGGGGACGGACGCGGACGCGCAGCCCUAACACCCGGCAGCCCGACGCCCCACACUUCCGGCGCCGGAAGUCCCGGCCCCCCCUCAGCCCCGCGCCGGAAAUCCACUGCACGCAGGCGCCGCAGGAAGUCCCGCCUCCGCCCCAAGCUAGUACCGCCGGAAGCCCAGCCCCGCGAAGAAAGUCCCACGCGCCGCCAGUGCGGGCAGGGGGCCCCAAGGGGGUCGCGGAGAUGGCGGAGGCGUGGUGUCGUUGUUCGACCCCGAGACCGCCGGGGCCUCGACCCGCGAGGUCGGCGACCAUCUGGAGACGCCGCGGAGGGCCGAGCGGGGGCGGGGGCGCUGAGGGCCCGCGGAUACUCACGGCGGCGGGUUGGAAAAAUUACAGGGUGCGCAGGCGGCCUCGGCUCUACGAACAACCAGCUGGGUGUUUAAAGCCUUAAGUAACGACGAAAUCAGACGCGUGGGAGCAUUUUUCUUUUAAACAGUAAAGGUCAUCAUUCGGAGUCAAGAAGCACUAGUAUGAUUGUUGCACAAGGAACAAACUUGACGUAUUUGGGGAUCCAAAUAACCAAAAAGUUUGUAGAAUAAAACCUGAAGUUACUUCAGCAUUGAGUAUAAUAAAGCUUAUUACUAAAAUCAA